CCCUGAGCUUGGUGGAUGCUCAGUAAUAUUUGUACAGAGGCUGCGGAGGGAUACUGGUGUUGGGUUCUCUCGCAUCCAGACACCAACUUGGAGUUUCUGGCUGGGCGCAUUGAUCAGGUCUGCUUGCUGGGGGUGUGCUGAGGCUCAGACUGUCACUCAUUCUCUGAUCAGUGCCUGCACACAGCUUACUGAGCAGCUGGCAAUCCACUCGAAUAAUAGAAUUCUUUUUGCAAAAUACAAUCUGCAACAACAACAAAAAGAAAGAAAGAGAAAAAAAAGCAUCAAGACCCCAUUUACACCAUUGCACCAAUACAGCAUUUUGCAACAAAGGGGGAUUUUAAACGCCUAUGUUCAUCUUUGGACCCAAUUUAAAUAGGAGCAGCAGGAGAAAUUCCUCUGUCUGCAGACUUACAAUGCUGCACACUAAGGAUCUCAUCUGGACUUUAUGUUUCCUGGGAGCUGCAGCAGCUCUAGAAGUUACAAUAGUUCCUGAUCAAGGAGAAAUAGGCCUGGGAGAAUCUAAAUUCUUCUUAUGUCAAGUAACUGGCGAAGCUUCUGAGAUCUACUGGGAAUCACCUACCGGAGAAAGACUGACCACCCAACAACAGAUCUCAGUUGUGAAAAGUGAUGACUAUUCAUCCACUCUUACUAUAUACAACGCCAGCAUUCAAGAUGCCGGGACCUACAAAUGUAUCGCUAGCAGUCCAGAAGGACGGGAGGAAAGCACUGUUAAACUACAGCUUUAUCAGAAAUUGACGUUCAAGUAUGCACCCACCCCACAAGAGUUUAAUGAGGGAACGGAUGCUGUUAUAAUUUGUGAUGUAUCAAGUUCUAUGCCAUCAAUUAUCACCUGGAAACAUGGAGGCAGAGAUGUUACUUUUAAGAAAGACGUUCGAUUUGUUAUGCUGUCCAACAAUUACUUGCAAAUCCGGGGCAUUAAAAAGACAGAUGAAGGGACUUAUCGAUGUGAGGGCCGGAUUCUUGCACGUGGAGAGAUCAACUUCAAGGAUAUCCAAGUCAUAGUGAAUGUUCCUCCUACAGUGGAAGCCAAACAACUCACAGUAAACGCCACAGCCAACUUAGGAGAGUCUGUUACUUUGAGCUGUGAAGCGGAAGGCUUUCCCGAGCCUGAACUAAGCUGGACAAAGAGAGGAGAACUGAUAGAAGAUGACAGCGAUAAAUACACCUUCAACGAAGACAUGUCAGAGAUGGCCAUUCAUCGAGUUGAAAAAGAUGAUGAAGCCGAGUAUAUCUGUAUUGCUGAGAAUAAAGCUGGGGACAGUGAAGCUACCAUUCUUCUGAAAGUUUAUGCAAAACCUAAAAUCACCUAUGUUGAAAAUAAGACUGCAGUGGAGUUGGAUAAUGAGAUCACUCUAACAUGUGAAGCCUCUGGAGACCCACUACCCAGCAUCACUUGGAGAACCGCUACCCGAAACAUCAGUGAGGAGGAUAAGGCUUCGUGGACACGGCCCCACAAAAAAGAGACUUUGGAUGGACGAAUAGUGGUACAAGGACAUAUCAGGAUGUCCUCGCUCACUCUUAAGGACAUCCAGUAUACUGAUGCCGGCGAGUAUUUCUGCAUUGCUAGUAACACCAUUGGACAAGAUACACAAGCCAUGUACUUCGAAGUCCAGUAUGCUCCCAAGAUUAAGGGUCCUGUGGUGGUUUACACCUGGGAGGGAAAUCCAGUUAAUAUCACUUGUGAGGUACUUGCCUAUCCUACUGCAAAAGUGUCCUGGCUCAGGGAUGGACAACUUCUGCCGAGUUCCAACUUCUCUAACAUCAAGAUUUAUACCAGUCCUUUGGCAAGCAGCCUCGAGAUAAACCCAGACUCUGAAAACGAUUUUGGAAACUAUAAUUGCACUGCAGUCAACAGUGUUGGUCAAGAGUCUUCUGAGUUCAUUCUUGUACAAGCAGACACCCCAUCAUCGCCAAACAUUCUCAAGGUGGAGUCUUAUUCUAGUACAGCUAUGGUUGAAUUUGAAGAACCAGACUCUACAGGUGGAGUGCCCAUUCUCAAGUACAAGGCAGAGUGGAGAGCGGCAGGAGCAGAGACAUGGCAGACUGCCAAUUUCAGUGCCCGGGAUGAGAGUUCAGAGGGUUCUCUUACAAUAACUGGGCUCAGGCCAGAAACCUCUUAUGUUGUGAAACUGUCAGCUGUCAAUGGCAAGGGGAUUGGCGAUUCAUCUCCACUGUUUGAAUUUGUCACCCAGCCAGUUC